AUACAACGACGUUAUCGGGAAUCUCGGCCUCCACAUCGUCGUCGUUGUCGUCUACCGUAUUUGUGGCAACGUUCAUGUAACAUAACCUAUUCGAGGCAUAUCUGGAACACGACGAUUAUCGGCGACGAGUGUCAAAAACAUUCGGUUUUCCCGAGGAGAAAAAAGUCCAUCUAGUAGCGUGCUGAUAGCAUACUUCGAGAUAGCUCGCCGAAUAUCAAUUUUCCGAACCCAUGGAGGAGAACGGUGGAAAGAGGAUGAGGGGCAGCAGAACUCGUGGCAGAGCUCGCGGACGUGCUCGAGGUCGGGCCAGAGGCAGAUCUAAAAAGCAGGUCAAGGUUAUUGAAAGCGACGAUGAAGACACCACGCAGCAAACGGAAGAAACCACGAUGGAGCCAUGUACCGGUGAACCAGAAGAACAAGAAGCACCUGUGACUCAGCCACCUUCAAUCGAACAGCAAUUUGACCUGGAGGCUGAUAUUUCACAAUUGGAAGCGCCAACCUUCACGACCAUCAAUCGGGGGCCGCCGGAGCCGAUGCUUCGUCUGCGAUGGGAUCAUCGAGUUAAUCUUAUUGGAGAGAAAGUAUUGAACCCUAUGAUACACUGCUGCGACAAAUGUUCGAAGCCUAUCCUCAUCUACGGUCGUAUGAUACCCUGCAAACAUGUGUUUUGCCUUUCUUGCGCCAAGAGAGAGGACAAAGUUUGUCCUCGCUGCGUGGAAAAGGUGACCCGGGUGGAGCAAACCGGUUUGGGUACUGUGUUCAUGUGCACACAUGGUGGAACGAGAUAUGGGAAUGCAGGGUGUCGAAGAACUUACCUUAGUCAACGGGAUCUGCAGGCCCACAUCAAUCACCGGCACAUAUCGGCGCCUCCGCAGGUGCAGGGCAUGCAGGUGGAUCCGCCGCAGUACGUGCACGCGAAGUCCGAGCUGGACGCGCAGCUGACGAAGGUGUCAACGGUACCGAUGCAGAACGCGCGUCUCAAGUCCGUACAGUCGCACAUGGUGUCGCCGAUCAUGGGUAACGACCCGCGGGUGAACUCGUUGGUGAGCCAGCAGCCGCUGGAGCAGCACAGGCAGCAGCAGCACGGCAGGCAACAGCAGUCGAUGAUGUCGAUGUCGCAGUCGGGUUACGCGCAGGGCGCCGCGCCACCGCCACCUCCGCCCCCGACUAAUGCCCCUAUGCGCACCAAUCUCAUCACCGUGCCCAUCCAGGACACCUCCUCGUUGUCGACGCACGAGCUUCACGCGCAGCAAAGCCAUCAUUAUUAUCAGCCGCCGCCGCCGCCGCCGCCGGUAAAUUACGGCAGCUACAACGUGCCGCCGCCGGUGCAGUCGCAGACGCAACAGUACUACUCGCAGCCACAGCACCCGACCCAGGUGUCUUACGUGCCGCCACCGCCGCCGCAACAGCAGCAGCAGCAGCAGCAGUACGUGUCGUCGGCGCCGACCUCCAUAAGACCGUCGCCGAGCGGUUACGGCAUACAGGAACCCCAAUACGGCCCGCCGCCGUCGCAGCAGCAACCGCCGCCCCCGCCGCCGCAAGCUCAAUGGUCGCAGCAUCAGCAACAGUUUUAUAGGUAAAGGGAGAUGAAGAAAGGAAAGGGGAGGCAAGAUUCUCCCUCCUAUGAGUCGACAUUAUGCUGUUGUGCGUUGUAACUAUGUGAUGCGUGAAUAUUGAACCUACAGUAAAUGACCGUUUAUAUAGUGCGUAUAUAUUUAGGGAGGACCCGUUAUUCUCGUUUAUCAAUGAGAUUCGGGCUGGAAAUUUUGUACGUUUUUGGAUGACACGAUUACGCUCAAAAGCGUGCGAAUUUACACAUGACGCGUUGCUAAUAAUAAUAAGAGACGUUUUUAUUACAUAAUGGAAGUGACUUUACUUCUCGUUGUCCCUUCAAUUCUUUUGAUAUUCCAUUUUAUCAUUGUGUUUACUGAAUAUUGAUAUUACGGCCACAUAUACAAACACACACACACACACACACACACAAUUUGGAUCUGAUACUAUCAGGAUAUUCGAUUAUUCGGGCUGCGUUUUGUUAUUCAUGGCCAGUAUUGAAAAUCUAUAGUGUAUGUAACACGAACUAUAGAUUUUGAAUUUUACUAGCAGUAAAUAUCGGAACACAGCUUCGGAUAGCAGAUAAAUGUGACGCUUCAAACCUGGGUAAUCCAUAUACAAGUUCAGAUUAAAGCCGAGAUACAAAUCCAAAGUUGGAUCCAGAUCUAAGUUCGUGGCAGAAACGAUCGCAGCAACUUGAGGUGAACAUAUAUUGAGUGAACGAACAGCGAAUAUGUAAUAUGAAUGUAUAUAUUCGCAUCUGAACGCGCACGAAUUUUCUUUAAUAAACCAUAUUAUAUGCAAAUCAA